AAAUCUGUGUGAAUCGCACAGUAGAAAUUGCACAAUACAGAAAGAGAAUGAGGAAUGAGGUCGUGUGAAGGGUGAAGGAUGUUGCUAUGGUGAUGUCGGAGUUGGACGGAGAAGAGCUUGUCACCGUCGACGUCGAGUCUCAACCUCGACAAGAAGAAGCAGAAGAUGAACAUCACUUAACGAUGGACGAUACUUCUAUGUGCUGCGAACAAUUACAGGAUGGAGAAUGCAUUGAGAUUAUGAAAGACGAAGAUGGUGCACUAGUUGGAUUGGAUUGUCAAAAUGAUCUUUCUGAAGGAAGAAAAGAUUUUGUUGCACCUGCUGUUGGAAUGGAGUUUGAGUCAUAUGAAGAUGCUUACAAUUAUUAUAUCUGCUAUGCCAAAGAAGUAGGAUUUCGUGUGAGAGUGAAGAAUUCAUGGUUCAAGCGAAAUAGCAGAGAAAAAUAUGGUGCAGUGCUUUGUUGUAGCAGCCAGGGUUUCAAAAGAAUAAAAGAUGUUAGCAAUUUGAGAAAGGAGACAAGAACUGGUUGUCCUGCGAUGAUAAGGAUGAGGUUAGUGGAGUCUCAAAGAUGGAGGAUACGUGAGGUUACCCUCGAACAUAACCACAUCUUGGGUGCUAAGACACAUAAAUCAGCUAAAAAGAUGGGAAGUGGAACUAAAAUGAAGUUGUUGCCUAGUUCUGAUGCUGAGGUGCAAACAGUUAAGUUAUAUCGUGCACUAGUGAUAGAUGCAGGAGGUAAUGGAGUUUCGAACUCCAAUGCAAGAGACGACAAGAUUUUCUCUGAAUAUUUUAAUAAGUUGAGCCUAAGAAAAGGUGACACACAAGCCAUUUAUAAUUUCCUCUGCCGUAUGCAACUAACUAAUCCAAACUUCUUUUAUUUGAUGGAUUUGAAUGAUGAAGGGCAAUUGAGGAAUGCAUUUUGGGCUGAUGGCAGGUCCAGGGCUGCAUGUGGUUAUUUUAGUGAUGUCAUUUAUUUUGACAACGCUUAUUUGUCAAACAAAUAUGAAAUCCCUCUUGUGGCUUUUGUUGGAAUAAAUCAUCAUGGUCAAUCAGUGUUACUAGGUUGUGGCCUGCUUGCAGGUGAAACGACAAAAUCGUAUACAUGGCUGUUUAGAACAUGGGCUACAUGUAUGUCAGUAUGUUCUCCCCAAACCAUUAUUACUGAUAGGUGCAAGGCUUUGCAGAAUGCAAUUGCAGAAGUUUUUCCUAGAUCUCAUCAUUGCUUUGGCUUGUCAUUAAUUAUGAAAAAAGUACCGGAAAAACUGGGAGGGUUGCGCAAUUAUGACGCAAUCAAGAAAGCGCUGAUUAAAGCAGUUUAUGAGACAUUAAAAGUGAUUGAAUUUGAGGCAGCAUGGGGAUUUUUGAUUCAACGUUUUGGAGUUAGUGAUCAUGAGUGGCUUCAUUCCCUAUAUGAAGACCGAGUUCAUUGGGCACCGGUAUAUUUGAAGGACAAAUUUUUUGCUGGCAUGUCUGCUACACACCAUGGUGAGAGCAUUAGUCCAUUUUUUGAUAAAUAUGUGCAUAAACAGACUUCUUUGAAGGAGUUUCUUGACAAGUAUGAAUUAGCUCUUCACAAGAAGUUAAAGGAAGAAUCUUCGGCAGAUAUUGAAUCAAGAAGCUCAAACCCCUUGCUGAAAACCAAAUGUUCUUUCGAACUUCAGCUCUCUAGAAUGUACACAAAAGAAAUAUUCAGGAAGUUUCAAUUCGAAGUGGAAGAAAUGUUCUCUUGUUUUGGUACAACACAGUUACAUGUGGAUGGUCCCAUCAUAAUUUUCCUGGUCAAGGAGCGCAUUAUGAUCGAGGGAAACAAACGGGAGAUUAAGGAUUUUGAAGUUCUGUACAGUAGAACAGCAGGUGAAGUUCGUUGCAUAUGUUGUUGCUUUAAUUUUUAUGGAUAUCUAUGUCGGCACGCACUGUGUGUGCUCAAUUUUAACGGGGUGGAAGAGGUGCCUCCAAAGUACAUUCUUUCGCGGUGGAAGAAAGAUUACAAGCGCCUUUAUAUUCCUGAUCACAGCUCUGGUAGUUCUGAUGAUACUGACAGUAUUCAAUGGUCUAAUAAGUUAUUUAGAAGUGCCUUACAAGCUGUGGAAGAGGGGAUAAUUUCUCUGGAUCAUUAUAAUGUAGCGUUGCAGGCUUUUGAAGAAUCACUUAAUAAGGUUCAUGAUGUAGAACAGAGACAGGAGACGUUAAUAGACGACGCAUCUCCAAACAGUGAGCAACUACUUGAGGUUGUGGAUGAGGGCAACGAGCUUGAGAAUGACUGUAGUCAAUUGUUUGAGAUUGAUGGAAGCGAACUUGAAAAUGGAAGGGAUGAAACAAUAGUAGUUGGCAGUCAUAGUGGAGAAUCUCAAGGAAAAGACUGCGCCCCACCUGUUGUGGGAAUGGAGUUUGAAACUUAUGAUGAUGCCUAUAACUAUUAUAAUAGCUAUGCCAGGGAAAUUGGAUUUGCUAUUCGGGUUAAAUCUUCGUGGGCCAAACGUAAUAGUAAAGAGAAGCGUGGUGCUGUCCUUUGUUGCAACUGUGAGGGUUUCAAAACAGUUAAAGAAGUUAAUAGUCAUAGGAAAGAAACAAGAACAGGCUGUCUGGCAAUGGUUAGAUUGAGAUUAGUGGAAUCUAGCCGGUGGAGAGUGGAUGAAGUCAAGAUUGAGCAUAACCACUCAUUUGAUCCUGAGAGAGCACAAAACUCUAAAUCACAUAAGAGGAUAGACAGUGGGGCCAAAAGAAAAAUUGAGCCUACUCUAGAUGUUGAAGUACGGACAAUCAAGUUAUAUCGAAUGCCAAAUGCAGAUGCAUCAAGUUAUGGGAGCUUAAGUUCUAAUGAAGGAGGAACUAGCAACAAUAAUAAUUUUUCCAGACGUUUGAAACUUAAAAAAGGUGAUGCAGAACUUAUUUCAAAAUACUUCUGCCACCGUCAAUUGGCGAGCCCUAAUUUUUUCUAUGUGAUGGAUCUGAAUGAUGACGGACAAAUGAAGAACAUAUUUUGGAUUGAUUCUAGAUCUAGGGCUGCAUAUAGUUAUUUUGGUGACGUGGUUGCAUUUGAUACAACAUAUUUGUCAAACAAUUAUGAGAUUCCACUUGUUGCAUUUGUUGGUGUUAAUCACCAUGGGCAAUCUGUUCUGCUAGGAUGUGGUCUGCUUGCAGACGAGACCUUUGAAACGUAUAUUUGGUUAUUUAGGGCAUGGCUUACUUGUAUGUCUGGUCGACCUCCACAAACUAUUGUUACGAACCAAUGUAAGACCAUGCAAAAUGCAAUAGCAGAGGUUUUCCCGAGGGCUCACCAUAGAAUUUGUCUAUCGCAAGUCAUACAGAGCAUCCUUGGAUGUUUGGUGCAGUUUCAGGUAUAUGAGACAUUUCAGAUGGCGCUAACUAAAGUGAUAUAUGACCCUAAAACAAUAGAUGAAUUUGAAAGGGAUUGGGAUGCCCUGACCCAACAUUUUGGAAUAAUAAAUCAUGAAAAGCUCCAAAACUUGCACGAGGAACGAGAGCAUUGGGCUCCAGUUUAUUCCAAGGACACAUUUUUGGCUGGAAUUUCUGAUUAUGAAAAGGGUGAGUCUGUGAUUCCCUUUUUCAAGGGUCAUGUGCAUCAACAAACUUCUUUGAAAGAAUUUUUUGAGAUUUAUGAAUUAGUUCAGCAAAAAAAGCAAAAAACUGAAGCUCUUAAUGAUUUGGAGUCACAAAAUUCAAACCCAUCACUGAAAACAAGAUGCUACUAUGAGCUGCAACUCUCUAAAUUGUACACAAAUGCAAUAUUCAGCAAGUUCCAAGAUGAAGUAGUGAUGAUGUCUUCCUGUUUCUGCAUCUCACAAAUUCAAACAAAUGAGUCUUUAGUGACAUACAUGGUAAAAGAACAUCAAGGAGAAGAAGAACCUGUAAGAGAUGAUAGGCAUUUUGAAGUCAUUUAUGAUAAAGCAGUAACCGAAGUACGUUGCAUUUGUAGUUGCGUUAACUUCAAAGGCUACCUAUGCAGACAUGCCUUGUAUAUCCUUAAUUACAACGGCGUGGAGGAAAUUCCAUGUCAAUAUAUUUUAUCGAGAUGGAGGAAGGAUUUUAAACGAUUGUAUGUACCACAUCUCAGCUCAGAUAAUAUUGAUGUUACAAACCCAGUUCAGUGUUUUGAUCAUUUGUACAAACGUGCCAUGCAAGUAGUUGAAGAAGGCAUGGUAUCCCAAAAUCAUUAUAUGGUUUCUUGGCAGGCAUUUAAAGAGUCCUUGAAUAAGAUUCGGCUUGUAGCAGACAAAAUUGAAUAAAUAAAUCAAGAAUAAUGCUAAUAUGUUGUGCAUAAUGUUACUAGCUUCCACACACAUACAUGGUUCUUUUAUAGUUGAGUUUUAAGUUUGCAAAAUUAUGUGAAAGCAUAGAAUGUGAAUGUCUUUUCGGUUUAACCAAACCAAUUUGAUCAAUGCAUACACAAAAAGAAGGGAAAAUAUAAAUCUUGUACCUCCUCAAAUACAUCAUUGUUGCUGUUAUUCCUGUAACUUUCACCUUAAUUGCCACAUAUUUUCCUCCACAUUGUUCAUUACAAUGUUUCAUAA